AUACUGUUUUGUCAGAAUGGAAACAGAGUAAAUUAAGGAGUUCUCACACCCCCCUGCUGUUACGUGAAACAAUAUGUCGGAUUCAAAACCCGAGUCAAAACCAUCAUUUGGUUUGCCAGAAAACUGGGAUAAAAUCCCAGAAGAAGAAAGGAAGUUGCUUCAGAAGCCUUUAAUCUUUCCAAAUAAUGAAAAACUGUUCAGAAGAUUCACUGUUGGUGCCACACUUGGUGAGCAUGUUUUUGUCUCUUCAAGAAGAAAAUUUGUAGUAAGGACAGGCAGGGGGGAGAGGGGGUUCCUACAAAGAUGAAGCACCCCUUCCAGGUGUGGGGACAAUAUUGGAUUUCAUCCCAGACACAGAGUAGAUACAUAUACAGAGAUGUAACUAGUGUACCCACUUUUUUGUGCGCAUGCUCGGCAAGUUACUAGAUCAAUGCAUGCAUCUGAUUGGAUGACAACCUGAUGACGACUCACUUUAACUGCUCGUGGAACUUGCUGAGCAUCCGCAGUUGAUCAUUUUUCACCCGGUUGCCUGAAAAAAAGUGGGUACAUGAAAACGUAAGCUUCCGCAGUGUUUACGACGGUCAGUUACAGCUCUGUAUGUCUCUACUCUGUGUCCCACUUGUUCAGCAAUUGCUUUGAGCCUUUGACCAGCUUCCCCCUAAGCCCUCCUUUCUUUCACCCUACUCCCCUAACUGGAAAUCAUGGACCCUAAGUUUCCAGACUGGAAACUUUGUUACGUGCGCACAGAAGAAUUUUAUUUGGUAAAAUUAUGUACACCCAACACUUGUUUUUGUGCAUGUAAAAACUUAAUACCUUUAUCUUUCACAGGCCAUGUACACACUUGGCACUCGUGAAAAUAGAAUUUUGUGCACAUGAAUUUUUGCCUGCGCACGGAAGAUCUGCAAAGUUUCCAGUCUGUCAUAGCUUGGGCAAUCUUUAGUUGCCAAACUGACUUUUUUUAUUUUAUAGCAAUGACACUUUACAUGGUCUUCUUUCAUGAGUACAGAUCUGAAAAUCACUGUUUUCAGCCAGUAAGUUACAAAAAAAUGUAUAUUGAAAAGUGUACAGUAUGGUGUAUAUAUACAUUGCAUUUUUCAAUAAGUAUAUAAGUGAUAACCGAAAGUGUAUUAUAAUUAAAUAAUAUGUAUAUAUGGCAUGUUUUUCUUCUUUAAGAUUCGGCAGUGGGUGGCAAAGCAGAAAGAAAAUUUCUUCAUGUUGAGCCCUGAAGAUUUGAAAUAUGUGGAAGACCACAAAGACGAAUUAAAGAAACAAUGAAAACAAAAUGAAAGAGGGAAUAUAAUGAACCAAACAAAAACCAGCAUUACAUAUUCCACUCUUUAAAUACCUAAUACUGUACUGUACAUAGGUUAAUUGGCCCAUGACCCGAUCUCAAAAGGCCUGAUUGAACCAUCCUUAAACCUUCACCCCACCCCCCUCCCCUCCCCAGAAAGAUCGAGAUACAGAUUAUUUAUAUUUUAAUUUUUUUUUAUAAUUUAGUUGUUUUCAAUACAGCAUAUUAUACACAAACAGAAUAAACUUGAAUCAAUAAUUGACAUUUAUUGAGUAACAAUUAUUACAUUAAUUAAUUGAAUGGUGGGAACCCUAUUGAUUAACCACCAUUCGCAUAUUUAUCUACAUAUUGUUAUUUCUGAAUGUUUUUACAUGAAAACAAGACACAUUUGUUCUCGGAUGAGAGGAAGGAUCUGCAGUUUUGGUAAUAUGUGGUUGGUAAAAGCUGCAAGUUGUGAAAAUGGUGAAUGAUGUAAAAAAUAUACUUAAAUAUUACAUGGUUUCAUACUAUUGUUCAUUGUUCUAUAUGACAGUUGUGAAUUUAUUCAAAAAUUAUUCUAUGAAAUGUUGAUUAUUACUCCAAAAUCAUUUGAUAAAUCUAACAUAUACAAUUGCCCCAACAAUUACAAGUUCAACCAAAAUUAUUAUUCCCAUUAUUAAUUUGUUUGUUGCAACCCUAAAAAGAAAGUUUUAAAAUGAGUGUCAAAUUUUAAGAACCUCCCUGCAAUGAAAUGAAUAUUUUAUUCAUGCGACCAGGGUAUAUUACCUGAAUGCCAUACGGGUUAAUAUUUUCCUGCUUUGGUUCAAAUCUUCAUCGGUGUCAUGCAACUAGAAAAUGAAUGGG